AUGUCCAAACCGGAGAAAAAAACUCACUCACAGACUGAAAGUAUUUCUUUACUCAAAAGAACAGACAAGAAAAGUUUCACCUGCACUCAGUCUGGAAAGAGUUUCACAUACAAACAGAGUCUCAAGAGACACAUGAGGAUUCACACUGGAGUGAAACCAAUCACAUGUGAUCAGUGCGGUAAGAGUUUCACACAACGAGGACACCUUAAGGACCACGUGAUCAUCCACACUGGAGAGAAACCGUUCACAUGUGAUCAGUGCGGGAAGAGUUUCACACAAUCAUCAAACUUUAAGGACCACAUGAUCAUCCACACUGGAGAGAAACUGCAUGAAUGUGAUCAAUGCGGAAAAACAUUUUUGUGGGCUUCAGGCUUGAAUAAACACCUGAAAGUUCAUUCAAAGGAGAAACCACAUUCAUGUUCUUUGUGUAAAAAGAGUUUUUCACAACUGCAAAAUUUAAAACUCCAUCAGAAGAUACAUACUGGUGUGAGAGAUCAUAUGUGUUUUGAGUGUGAGGAGACUUUUAUUACAGUUGGAGAAUUAAAACUGCACCAGAGGAUCCACACUGGAGAGAAACCUUACAAGUGUUCACACUGCAACAAGAGAUUCAAUCGGUCAGAACAUCUGAAAUCACACGAGAGGAUUCACACUGGAGAGAAACCGUAUCACUACACUGCAUGUGGGAAGAGUUUUGCUCAAUCAUCUUCUCUACGAAGACAUAAAAUAAACAACCACAUUAAGUAG